AUGAAGGCAGAAACCUCUCUGGGGUUGCUGGUGUUCCUCGGCCUGCUCCAGGCAUCUGCAUCUUCUUCCCAUGCGCUUGGUGGCUUGGAGCUGCCAAGGACUGUGCGGUCGGACGUGUCCCUGCUGAGCAGCGUGGAGGAGGCCCGGCGGCUGGUGGACACAGCCUACAAGCACACACGUGAGCGCACCAAGCAGCACCUGCAGAAUGACGCCUUGACCCCAGUGGAGCUGCUGGGAUAUUUCAAACAGCCAGUGGCGGGGACUCGGGCUGCCGCUCGGGCUGCAGAUUACGUGGAAACCACCCUGAACCUCCUCAAGGAGAAGCUGCAAAGAGCUGUGAGGGGGGACUUCAAUGUCACAGACUUGCUCACUCCAACUCAGCUGGGGAUGGUUUUCAAUGCAAGUGGAUGUGACCAGCAGGAUAAGAAAAUAAAUUGUGACGCUCCUCACCACUACCGGACAGUCACUGGGGAGUGCAACAACAGGAGAAACCCAUCACUGGGCGCCUCAAACAGAGCCCUGGUCAGAUGGCUGCCAGCAGAAUAUGAGGACGGCGUGUCGGUCCCCCGUGGGUGGACGGAAGGAAAGCGUUUCUCUGGGUUCCCCUUACCUCUGGUUCGAAAGGUCUCAAAUGAGAUUGUCCGCUUCCCUCCCGAGCAGCUCAGGCUGGACCAGCAGAGAUCACGCAUGUUCAUGCAGUGGGGCCAGUUUGUUGACCAUGACCUGGAUUUCACUCCGCAAACCCCGGCCAGAGUUGCCUUCCGUGGCAAGGCGGACUGUGACACCAGCUGUGCCAAGCAGCCCCCUUGCUUUCCCAUCAAGAUCCCACCCAACGACCCACGAAUUAAAGACACAAGAGAUUGUCUUCCUUUCUUCCGCUCAGCUCCUGCUUGUACCAGUGGCAGGGCAAUUCGGGACCAGAUCAACGCGCUCACCUCCUUUCUUGACGGCAGCAUGGUGUAUGGCAGUGAGGUGCCUUUGGCCAACAAACUGAGGAAUCAGACCAACCAGCUGGGCUUGCUGGCUGUUAACCAGAAUUUCACUGAUAGGGGGAAGGCAUAUAUGCCCUUCAACAGUGGGCAGAAGGACCCCUGCCUCAUAGUCGGCAAGGAAGCUAAAAUUCCUUGCUUUCUUGCAGGUGAAUUUCGGGCAAACGAGAUGCUGGAGCUGGUGUGCAUGCACACGCUGUUUCUGCGGGAGCACAACCGCCUGGCUCGAGGGCUGAAGAGGCUGAAUCCCCACUGGAAUGGAGAGAAGCUCUACCAGGAGGCACGGAAGAUCCUUGGUGCCAUGAUCCAGAUUAUAACCUACAGGGAUUACCUCCCUCUUCUGCUGGGAACCAGUUUCCGGAGACUGAUUCCUCGCUACCAGGGCUACAACGAGUCUGUGGAUCCUCGAAUAUCCAAUGUCUUCACUUUGGCUUUUCGCUUUGGUCAUGCUUCAAUUCCCCCAACUGUUGACCGCUUAGAUCAAAAUUACAAGCCCAUACGUCCCAAAAUUCAGCUCAGAAAGGCCUUCUUUGCUGUCUGGAGGAUCGUGAAAGAAGGUGGUAUUGACCCCUUUCUCCGGAGCCUGAUGGCCAACCAGGCCAAGCUGAUGACACAGCAGCAAAUGGUGGUGGAUGACCUUCGGGAUCGGAUGUUUGAGCAGGUUGAAAGGAUUGGGUUUGAUUUACCUGCGCUUAACAUGCAGCGCAGCAGAGACCAUGGCCUCCCAGGUUAUAACUCCUGGAGACAAUUCUGUGGGCUCUCACAACCUUCCGGAUUGAAGACACUUGCUCAAGUGUUGAGGAAUCGUCGUCUGGCAAAGAAGUUCCUACAGCUGUAUGGGACACCAAAGAAUAUUGACAUUUGGAUUGGGGCACUUUCAGAGCCCUUUGUGAGCGGAGGCAGAGUUGGGCCUCUCAUGGCUUGUAUCAUUGGCACCCAGUUCAGGAAGAUUCGUGAUGGGGACAGGUAA